CUGGCCAGUUGGACGCUCCGCCUCCAUUUCGUGCCCUUGCUAUUAGGCGAUUUCUGAAUGUACAUAAGCAUUUUGUAUUGAAAUGCCAUGUGGUAGGUACAAGCAGAUCUCAAUUUAGCAAAAUAAAUCUUCAAGUGAAUCCUCACUGAAAUAAGUUUAGUAAGAGCGGCAUAUACCCCGAGACUACUGCAACAAUGCCUGCGCAAAUCAUCAGGGGAAAAGAGGUUUCUGCGCAGGUGAGAGGACAGCUGAAGAAGGAUGUGGAGCAGAUGAAGAGCCAGUUGCCAGAUUUUCGCCCGGGCCUUGUGGUCUUACAGGUGGGGGACCGAGAGGACUCCAACCUGUACAUCAGCAUGAAGCUGAAAGCUGCGGCAGAGAUUGGGAUCAAUGCCAAUCACUUGAGGCUGCCAAAAACCGCUACAGAGGACGAAGUCCUGCGCAGUAUCACAGAGGUUAAUGAGAACACUGCUGUCCACGGUCUCAUCGUCCAACUGCCCCUGGACUCCAUCCACACCAUUGACACCGAGAAGGUCACCAAUGCUGUGGCACCAGAGAAAGAUGUUGAUGGUCUAACCAGUAUAAACGCGGGGAAGCUCUCUCGUGGGGACAUUGGCAGCUGCUUCCUGCCUUGCACUCCCAACGGCUGCAUGGAGCUCAUCAGGCAGACAGGCGUGUCCGUAGCAGGGAAGAACGCCGUGGUGAUUGGGCGCAGCAAGAUUGUGGGCUCGCCUAUGCGAGACCUCCUCCUCUGGAGCCACGCCACCGUGACCACCUGCCACUCCAAGACCACCGACCUCGCUGCUGAGGUGGGCAGGGCGGACAUCUUGGUUGUCGGGGCCGGGAAGGCGGAGAUGGUGAAGGGAGAGUGGAUAAAGGAGGGAGCGGUGGUCAUCGACUGCGGCAUCAACCACGUCCCAGACAGCACCAAGCCAAGCGGCAAGCGUGUGGUGGGUGACGUGGAGUACGCCUCUGCCAAGGAGCGAGCGGGGUUCAUCACCCCAGUCCCUGGGGGUGUGGGCCCAAUGACUGUUGCCAUGCUCAUGCAGAACACGGUGCAGAGUGCCAAGCGCUUCCUGGAACAGUACCAGCCAGGGAAGUGGAGUAUCUCCUACACGGAACUGAACCUACAGAAACCUGUGCCAAGCGACAUUGUGAUCUCCCGCUCCUGCACACCCAAGCCCAUCGACCGCCUAGCCAGGGAGGUCGGUCUGCUCUCCGACGAGGUGGAGCUGUAUGGGAAGACCAAAGCUAAGGUCCAGCUGCAGACCAUCAAGCGCCUGCAAGCACAGCCCGAUGGGAAAUAUGUGGUGGUCACAGGAAUCACGCCCACACCCCUGGGGGAGGGGAAGAGCACCACCACGGUGGGCCUGGUGCAGGCGCUGGGAGCUCACCUGAAACUCAACGUCUUCGCCUGCGUCCGCCAACCCUCCCAGGGCCCCACCUUCGGGAUCAAAGGUGGCGCUGCAGGAGGUGGAUAUUCCCAAGUCAUUCCUAUGGAAGAGUUCAACCUCCACCUCACUGGCGACAUCCACGCCAUCACUGCCGCCAACAACCUGGUGGCUGCCGCCAUCGACGCCCGCAUGUUCCACGAGGCCACGCAGUCCGACAAGGCUCUCUUCAAUCGACUGGUCCCCCUCAGCGCUGGACAGAGGAACUUCUCACCCAUCCAGCUCAAUAGACUGCAGAGGCUGGGCAUUGAGAAAUCUGACCCCUCCACCCUGACAGACGAAGAGAUAACCCGCUUUGUCCGGCUGGACAUCGACCCAGACACCAUCACCUGGCAGAGAGUGAUGGACACCAAUGACCGGUUCCUCAGGAAGAUCACCGUCGGCCAGUCUGCUACAGAAAAGGGAAUCACAAGGACGACGCAGUUCGACAUCUCGGUGGCAAGCGAGAUAAUGGCCGUGCUGGCCCUGACCAGCAGCCUGGAGGACAUGCGGCAGCGGCUGGCCAAGAUGGUGGUGGCCAGCAGCCGCAGCGGGGAGCCCGUCACCGCUGAGGACCUGGGUGUGAGCGGGGCACUGACCGUUCUGAUGAGGGACGCGAUCAAACCGAACCUGAUGCAGACUCUGGAGGGAACUCCUGUGUUUGUUCAUGCAGGUCCAUUUGCCAACAUCGCUCAUGGCAACUCCUCCAUCUUGGCUGAUAAAAUUGCCUUGAAGCUGGUGGGCCCCGAAGGAUUUGUUGUGACCGAGGCUGGCUUUGGGGCAGACAUCGGCAUGGAGAAGUUCUUCAACAUCAAGUGCCGAUACUCAGGCCUGCGGCCGCAUGUCGUGGUGCUGGUGGCCACGGUCAGAGCCCUCAAGAUGCACGGAGGCGGCCCCACGGUCACAGCGGGGAUGCCACUACGUAAAGAGUACACAGAAGAGAACCUUGAACUGCUGGAGAAAGGCUGCAGUAACCUGAAGAAGCAGGUGGAGAACGCCAAGACCUUCGGGGUUCCUGUAGUGGUGGCUGUGAACGCCUUCAAAACCGACACAGAAGCUGAGUUGGAUCUAGUGUGCAGCUUAGCCAAGUCUGCGGGAGCCUUUGAUGCAGUGCGCUGCUCUCACUGGGCUGAAGGGGGCGCUGGUGCGGUGGCCCUAGGGCAGGCCGUGCAGAAGGCAGCCAACGCACCCAGUAAUUUCAGGUUCCUCUACGACGUGGAGCUACCCAUCGUUGAAAAGAUCAGGAUCAUUGCUCAGAAGAUCUACGGUGCGGAUGAUAUAGAACUCCUUCCUGAAGCUCAAAACAAGGUGGAACUCUACACCAAACAGGGCUUUGGGAAUUUGCCCAUUUGCAUGGCCAAGACUCAUCUCUCCCUGUCCCAUGACCCGGAGAAGAAGGGCGUGCCCACGGGGUUCAUUCUCCCAAUCCGCGAUAUCCGUGCCAGUGUGGGCGCUGGAUUCCUCUUCCCACUGGUUGGCACGAUGAGCACAAUGCCUGGGUUACCCACCAGACCCUGCUUCUACGACAUUGACCUGGACCCGGAGACUGAGCAGGUCAAUGGCCUCUUCUAAGAGGAGUGCAUAGGUGUACAGGACCUGUAUGCUGCUUGGAGGAGAUCAACAGCCUCCACAAAAUUCUUGUGAAAUGUGAUGGAAUCAUUUCCUUUUUGUAACUCGGAAGCCUUUCACUUCUACCAAUACAAUGAUUAGAUUUUUUGUAGUGGAUAACUGAUAUCUUGAAACACACAGCACUGAUGCCUAGGCAUUGGCCAUUGCAACUUUUGUUUACUCUCUGUCUGCUGGGUUUGUAAUUACAGAAGUCCUUUCCCAGAUCCUUUGAAUUUGUAGUUCAGCCUUGGUGUGUACAAUUUUGUCUCAAAGGAGGACAUGCGACAGUUUUUACAAACAUUGGCUUUCGGUUUGUUUUCUUAGUGGUCUAAUCUGGAUAUAAUUUGACAGAAGUGUACUAAAGGCAAGAUUGUAAAAUGAAAUUUGAACAUGUGAUAGCGUCUUUUCUACUGUAAACUGACACUAUUAAAUUAAAUGUUGAAAGAAAUAAAUUUAAAUUCUAUUUUAUAUCUUCAAUUUAGACAGAUGUGUAAUCCCGUCUUGAAUGUCAUGAUCAGUGGCGAUCUGUGUCCACUGAGGGUUAUUUUGUUAUCUGUCUCUCAAUAAUAAUUGUAGUGACCUUUUUGGUUUCUCCACAUUACUGAUCUCAUGCCCAUCUGUCUUCAUUUUGCAAAGCAUUCCCAGUGGCCCAUAUCACAAUAAUAAUGGCAGCUAAAAUAAGACCUGUCUAAUGGUGUUUGCUGGAGAGGCUGAUUCUGUUCAAGUUCAGAUGUAGCCUGCCUUCAUGGAUGACCAGCCCACUCAUACACAUUUAGAGCUGUUGGUUAAACCGUCCAAUCAUUGUUACGAACCUUUAUCUCCAGACCAUAGUGAUAUUCUCAUUCUUCUCACAGUUUUAAUCAAAACUUCCUGCUAGAAUGUGCAGACAAGUUCUUAAUUUGCAUGUGAUACAGGGUAAUGAGAUAUUCAAUUGCUGCUAAUGUCUGUGUUAGCUAUAAUAAAAAAACUAAUUUUUCCUGCAGUGUGAAUAUCUGUUAUGAGAAAUUGGAGUAUACGCUGUCUGGAGGAACUAUUUAAUUGAGAUUUAUGAAGGCAUAUUAUACAAAAUUGAUUCUGGCCAGCCGUUGGUAGCUGUGUAUCUGACACAGUAUUGCAGACUACCGUGUGAUAGCAAUGAACUAAGAAAAACGCAGUCUAAUGAUUCUGCUUCAUUUCGGAGUUGCUUUCCACAAAAGCCAUUUAGCUAGCCAUUAAACUGACUUGCCAUUAAAUGUGUCAUUAUGUUAUGUUGUUCUGUAUAAAAACUGUUUUAGAUAUAAACCAUUGUCAGAUUAAUCAAAUAGGCCCGAGUCCUUAUCUUUCUUGUAUUCUUAGCGCUUGAAACUGUACUUCCCUCUAGGGUCUUUCAGUGCACUUGUUCCUGGUGAUGGGUAUGUCCUUUGCAUUUUGUUGUAUGUUGCUCUGGAUAAGAGCGUCUGCCAAAUGCCAAUAAUGUAAUGUAAUGAUGCCACUUGUGUUUGUACUUAUUCAUACCAGUCAAGCAGUCACUUGCAAACCCAGCUCAACAUUGUAGUAGUCAAUCCAUACACGUCUCCUCUUGCCCUCGUCCUCCUCUUCUAUUGUUGGACCACAGAGUUCAAUGUAUUGGACACAUGCUUCUCUGACACAGCACAGAAAGAAAAAAGGGCCAUGCCUCGAAAUGUCCCGAACCAUUUUUAGAAUGACAAAUACAAGCAGACAAAAAAAGUAUUGGGCAGAAGUGAACAAUGCCAAUGUAUUAUAAUGACUGAGCAUAUGUGUUUUAUCAUAUUUUCAUGGUGAAAAUCUUGCAUGUGCCUUUAAUCUGAGUAAUAUACACAGAUUGCAUGCAAUCUAAUUUUAUAUAUUAAUAUACAGUAUAUACAAUAUAUAUUUUUAUUUAAGCAGUUCAGUUCAACAGUUAAAGUACUUGCUCAAGGGUACAGUCGCAGAGCCUCAGCUGGAAAUUAAACCCUCAACCUUUGAGUUACAAACUCAGUUCAUGAACCUUUAUACUGCACUAUCAUCCACUGUAUGCCUUGUCACUUCUAGGUCAGACUCGCACUGGUGUCAUCUCCCAUAUAGCCUGUUGGACUGUAACGAAUGUGCAUUAUUUGCAUUGUUUCAGUAGUCUAAUGAUGAAUGGCUUAGAACUGUGAAUUUAAGACCAUAAAUGAACCGUUUUACUUGUUUUAGUCAUGUAUUAGAGUGAGAUGCUGUCUUUGGAUUUGGUCGAUUUUAAAGACAAGCAGGGUGGCCAUAUAUUCAUGCUAUGUCUAACUGUCUAAAGCGGCUGUCGAAAGCUACAAAUAGACAUGUUGUACAACAGAUAACUGUCUGGAGAACUUUGUCAAACAGUGGAUUUUGGAAAUAAACAUGCUGGAAGAUUGUU